UCUCUCUAUUCAUUUAGCAGAAACAAAGCCUGAAAAGAAAAGACAUGCUCCCUGUGAAUGAAUGGUAGCAAUAACUGGACUGAACCAGUCCCUACAGGACCUCGUGAGGUUUUCUUCAGCUGCUCUGUUGAGGCCAAAGCUACACUGAUGUCUGGUCUCCGAUUAUUUACUGUUAUCAUUACCUAUGCAUUAUAAAAUAUGAAUUUAUUCUAUGCUUAACAAAUUGUGUUGUAUAGAUUACAGUGGAAUUAUUAAUAUAUUUAUUUAUUAAUAUAAUCUUAUUUAUUCUAUUUAUACCAUGUAAUGCUGUUUACUUGUUUAAAUCUUUUAAAGACGUGUUACAACUGUUAGACUUGUGUUUGUGUCUGUGCUGACAGACAGAGUGUGUGAUGUCAGCUGGAACUGUGAUGGUUUUGAUUAUUAUUUUUAUGUGACGUCAUUCACAGUGGGAGUAUUUGUGUGACCAUAUUUACCAUAUGUUGCAUUAGUUAUAAAAUAUUUUCCCUUACACAUUUAUUGCAUAAAUUGUGAACAUUUUCUAUGAAUUAAAAAAACACAAAUCUUCAAAUGUUGCAUUUGCUCAUUAUUACAAUAACAGAAGUUAAACCUGGGUUCAAUAUUUCCUAAGAAAUGCAACAAGCAAACUAAACCUUAAAGAUGUAAAGGUUGAUAUGAACGGAAAUGGGUGAGUUGUGGUUUGAGUCUACGCAUUAAUGAAGAAAGAUCAAAGAAGAUAGGUUUAGGUCUUAAAGCAGAAAGAUCUUAAGGCACAAGCCGAAUAAGGAAUUGACGUAAAGAGAGUUGUUCAGCAGAAUUAAGUGUUAAAUCAGAACGGAUGAGAUGAGAAAAGGAUGAGGUGUGUUGUUUACCGUGUCCAAUAGACAGACUAAAUAUGCAUGUUUAUUCUGAAAGAAAUGAGACAUGAGCAGAUAUUGAAGAUCAUGCAGAUGUGAUUCAUCAUUUCAUGUGCACUGUGUGUGCAGUCUUUACUUGCCUUACUUGAGAAAGAGGAAGUGAUGCACAAACAUAAGGAUGCCCGAUUACAGACAACUGCAGAAUCUGGUCUGUCACCAGAAUGGCACAUAGAGCAGUUUUUGCAGGUUUUCUGGACAUGAUGUGUGUUUGCAUGGUGAUGCUGUUGCCAAGUGCGGAUGCAGCUUCAUGCCAAGCGAAGGAGCUGACGGACGGCACCAGAAGCAUGGUGAAUGAGAGCCUGGUAAAGUUCGAUGAAGCCAAUGGGAAGCACCUCGGCACGUGGUCCCCGGGUUUCCCUGAACUCCAGGUCCACAGGAACUCGCCUGUCGUCCAGUCCAAAGUCCAGUGUAGUCUCAUCUUCAUGGCUCAAGGCCUUGGCAAAGUCCUGGAGGACCAGAGGAGCAACCUGAAUCCAUUGGACGUUUCCCUUCACAAGGAACUGAAGAAUGCCAUCGCCAGGAUCAACAUGCUGGCAAACUGUCUGAAGAGUGUUUAUGGAGGGGAAUGUUCCUCCCCACCUCCUCCCCCCACCAUGCCCCGGGACACAUUUGAGAGGAAGCAGUGGAGCCACACUCUGUUGAAGACAUCCACGGUCUAUCUGGAGUGGCUGCACCGCACGCUAAAGGUCUACAAAGGGACAAAUAACACAGACAGUGCUCAGUCGAGGCAUCAGGGCUACAGGGAGGGGAGUGAAUACCUCCUGUAGUUCCAGCUCAGUUUCAGAUGCAUGCAUUUUAUGUCCAUGUUUAUGUCCAUUAAA